UGUGGGUAUAAAAGCAUUUCUUCGCCCCACGUGAUCCUCUUUCUGCCUCAACCCGCCAGCAUGGACGCCAGCCGUGUGCAGCCCAUCAAGCUUGCCAGAGUCACCAAAGUUCUUGGAAGAACCGGCUCCCAGGGACAGUGUACCCAGGUGCGGGUUGAGUUCAUGGACGACAGCAACCGCUCCAUUAUCAGGAACGUGAAGGGCCCAGUGAGGGAAGGGGAUGUCCUCACCCUGCUGGAGUCUGAAAGGGAAGCCAGGAGGCUGCGAUAGGAGGUCUUUAUAAAGUUGACGAGCAACCCAGACUGAUGUGCCUGGCUGACCGUUUACGACUCUACUGUACAAUAUCUUUGGCAAUUGACAAUAAAUAAGUGAUUCAA